UUCUUUUGUGUGGUGUCACAAAAUCCGCAAAGCUGUAUCCGACUGGUGGAUCGCUCGAUUUUUCCCACAUUAUGAUGCAAGGGGAUGGACGGAGGAGAAGAAAUGAUAAUUAUUAUGAUGAUAUACCAAGAUCAAAGCUUGAAAGACAAAUGGCUCAGAGUAAAUAUGAUUUUCAGACAGGAGAUUGGGGAGAACCUUCCAUCAGUCUGCGAGCCCCCAACGAAACCACGGGCUCCAUACCCUUCCAGUAUUGGCAGCAUCACCCCGAAAAACUCAUCUUCCAAGCAUGUGAUUACAAAGCAUAUAGCAUGCCAUUUGGGGGAAAAUAUGGACCCAUUUUAAAACCCGUACCUCACCCCCAGUGUUCCUGGUCUGAGAUGAUAAAGUAUUUAGGUUCGAUGCUGAUAAAGGAAUUGAGGGGGACGGAGUCAACACAAGAUGCCUGUUCGAAAAUGAGGAAGUCAACAGAGCAAAUGAAGAAGGUCCCCACAAUUAUUCUAACAGUUUCUUACAAAGGAGUGAAAUUUAUGGAUGCAGCAAAUAAGGCAAUUAUCGCUGAACAUGAAAUCCGCAAUAUAUCAUGUGCUGCACAGGAUCCAGAAGACCUCUCUACCUUUGCAUACAUCACAAAAGACUUGAAAUCUAAUCUCCAUUAUUGUCACGUGUUCACAGCUUUUGAUGUGAAUUUAGCCUAUGAGAUCAUCUUGACAUUAGGACAAGCAUUUGAAGUUGCCUAUCAGCUCGCACUGCAGGCCAGGAAAGGUGGACAUUCCUCAACACUUCCAGAGAGCUUUGACAGCAAACCUACCAAACCUAUCCCAAAACCUCGAGUCAGUAUCCGAAAGGCAACGAUAGAUCAACCAGAUCAAAAGACUCUUUCUAAUAUGCCUUGGAUUGUUGAACCUGGACAGGAAACGAAACGGGGGAUCAGCACCAAGUACGAGACCACCAUCUUCUAAUAUCAGCUGGCCCCCCUCUCCUCGGUGUGCCUUCGUACACUUGCCCAUGUUAAAAACGUGCAAACGGCAGCCUGCUCUCAAGCACAGAAUAACGAGCCUUUGACGCGGACUGUACGGCAUAGAAGAACAGCAUUAUUCUACCAACUACUAACAAAACUCAAAAUACUGCCAAGAAAAGGAAUCUUAUAUUUUUUUGAUGAUUUUUUUUUUCUCUUGUAAUUUCGAUCACAGUGUUUCUUUUUUUAUUUGUUUAACCUCCGGAUUUACUGGAGAAAAAUUAAUUCUUCAUGUACAUUUUGUUAUAACAAUUUCAUUUUGCAGUUGGUUCAUGGCAGUGAUAUUCUACAGCAUCCUGAAGCAGUAUUUGGACUCAGCCUUGUAAUUAAGUAUUACAAAAAAAGUUGGAAAAAAAGAAAAAAAAAAG